AUGGCCACCAGCGCGUCAACCCAAGCGGGCAGCACGCGGUGGACGCACUUUCAUUCGGCCCUCCAGCUAGCGAUACAGCGUUCCGCACACAAAUGGACAUAUGAGGACUUUGCGGAGUGCUUCUCCCUCUGGUGCGACGAGCAGCCGGAGAAUGCCGCCACUAUCUUCAACCUCGUGUCGUCGCGACUCGAGUCUGCGAUCACCGACAACUGCGAGGAGUUGCUGAAGAAGUACAACGUCAAAGAGAACAUCGAUAACCUACAUGCUGUCGUCACCGCUGCGCGUGAGCGGAAAAGGAGAGAAUAUGACGGCAAAGACGUAUGGCGCGAAGACCUACAGCCGAGAGCCGCGGUAAGGGCGCGGAUGAUCCCCAUGCUCGAAACAGAGCGCGACCGAGUUCGCGCUGAGCUCGCACAGCUCACUGAGGAGAACACACGGCUGGAGUCUGAAAUGCAGCAAAAUGUGCAGGCAGCCGAGGAUGCUGACCGGGAUGCCGCCAAACUUCUUGAUCUCCUGGACAAGGCACUCGCGAAGUGGGAUCAAAUACCAUUUGACGACAUCCAAUCAUGGACUCUUCAAGCGGCUGAAUCAGCAGGCAGCAAAGCGUAG